AUGGCAACGCAACCCGACGGCUACGAAGAAGACGAUCAUACGCCCACUAUAUUCCCUGAUGACCCUCCUCCACGAGACACUGGCUCGCUUUCCGGGACCUGUCCCCUCGUUGAAAUUGACGGUCAGGCGGAAGCACCCGGCAAGAAGAAGACUGUUACUAAAGGCGUCCCUGGGGGCGGAAGUAUGCCCGACAAACCAGUAACUCUGGACUGGAAGGGGAAGGGUAAAGAUCGUAAUGGUUCGACUCGUAAGACUAUCGAAGGAUCUGAUACAGUGGCCUCCCGCUCCGCUAGCGCUUGUGGAACCCUAGGAACUCCUAAAAUUG